UCCCCGGGCGCUGCUGAGGCCAUGCUCCGGCUGCGCCUGCUGACCUGGGAUGUGAAGGACACUCUGCUGCGGCUGCGGCAGCCCGUGGGCCAGAGCUACGCGGCCGAGGCGCGGGCCCAGGGGCUGCAGGUGCAGCCCGAGGCUCUGGGGCGCUCCUUCCGUGAGGUGUACGGGGCCCAGAGCCGGCGCUUCCCCAACUACGGCCACGGCCAGGGGCUCAGCUCCCGGCAGUGGUGGCUGGAUGUGGUCAAACAGAGCUUCAGGCUCUCGGGCGUGCAGGACGAGGCAGCCCUGACGAAGCUGGCGGAAAAGCUCUACCGCGAUUACUGCAGCCCCCACAACUGGGAGCUGCUGCCCGGGGCCGCCGAGACCCUGAGCCGGUGUCGCCAGCUCGGCUUCUGCAUGGGAGUCGUCUCCAACUUCGACAGCCGGCUGGAAGCCAUCCUCUCGCAGUGCAAGCUGCGGCAGCACUUCCAGUUCGUGCUCACCUCCGAGGCCGCGGGUUUCGCCAAGCCGGACCGGAGGAUCUUCGAGCAGGCGCUGCGGCUCGGCGGGGCCCGGCCCGAGCAGGCGGCUCACAUCGGGGAUGAUUACAGCAGGGACUACCGGGCAGCCCGGGCUGCGGGCAUGCACAGCUUCCUGCUGAGGGCUGCUGAGCACGGCCAGGGGCCGCGGGUGCCCCCCGAGCACCUCCUGCCCACGCUCGGCCACCUCCUGGCUCGCAUCGAGAAGGAGUAGCUGCGGUUCGGAGGGGUCUGGUGCUUCUCCCGAGCUCUGAGCUGGCCUGAUGUGGCAUUUCUUGCUGCCAGGUGAGCAGGGAAGACAGCAAGUCCAAGCUGCCUAUGGAGCAGGAGGAAUGUUCAUGCAAUAAAACAUUUCUGAUGCCCA